GGGCAAGGCCACAAUAGCAGCCGGAGAUGAUCGGAGUUAGUCCAUGGCUACUCGUAUCGCUUCGGAACGGCGCUUAGCUGGAGCGAGGCAUGGAAGGGGCGAGCCUGUGGUUUGUGGUGGCAGCCGUGCUGAGAAUGGGGUCGAGGACUUCGGGUUUAACAUGUCUGGAACACCCACGAAAUGUUUCCAUCAGCGUUAUUAAUGCAAAUAUUACACUGAAGUGGGAUUGGGAUAAUCCAUGUGGUCUCAAUGUAACAUUUUCAGUACGAUACCAGAGAGAGUCUGAAAUCUGGGCAGCUGUUCCUCAGUGUCAGAAUAUAAUCGUCACAGAAUGUGAUCUCUCGUCAACAAUUCAAGAUUAUUUUGUACCAUAUAAUGCGACUAUAAGAGUGGACACUCUGAAAAAUCACUCUCCCUAUGCCUUUUUAGAAUUUACUCCUUAUACAGAAGCUCAAGUGGGUCCUCCAGGAGUUUGGUUUGAAUCAAUAUAUGGAGAUGUAAAAAUCAAUAUUUUACAUCCUGAGGCAGAUAAAAAAAAAAUGUGGCAACUAGACACGAUAAAAUAUCAGCUAACUAUCUGGAAAAAUGCAACCCAUUAUAAGGAAAAAACACAAUAUAUUUUUCCAGGUGAAAUCAUAGAUGAUCUUGAACCAGAAACUACAUAUUGUUUGACAGUUAAAGCACUUGUGAAUUAUCGCAUUUCUAUUAACAAUCCCACGCCCUGUAUACAGACUUCUAAAGUUUGGAUUGGUCUACCUCGUCCUGAAAAUUGUCAAAUUCAUAGCUUGAAUAUGAACCAUUUCUUAUCUUGGGAUCAUCUAUAUGAUGGAAAUGUGAGCUUCAUAGUACAGCUGCUUCCUGGAUACAUAGUCCGUUAUUCUCCUGAUAUUUCAAAGGACUGGGAAAAUGUAUCUGAAUGUGAAAAUAUCCAAAGAACAUUUUGUGAUCUUUCAUCUAUCAUUGACUCCAAUGGAAUUUACUAUCUCCGUGUGCAGGCAGCAGAUAGUCGUAACAAGUCACCUUGGUCUAAAACCUUAAAAUUUGAACCUAUAGAACAAAAUAAAAUGGGCCCACCAACUGUCUCAGUCAAUGCCACUGAGGAUUCAAUAAAUGUCUUCAUCGCUUCUCCUGGAGAGUCUGAAAACAAACCAAUGAGUGAUAAGUAUGACUUGACUUACAACGUUUGGUACUGGACUUCAUCUAUCGAGAAAGAACUCAGACGUAAACCAUCACAGUUUAUAAUCUCAAAUCUGACCUCCUCAACAUUAUAUUGCUUAAAAGUGCAAGCAUAUACUAAAACAUAUAAUAAAACUAGUGCUUUUAGCAAUGUAACUUGCAUUAAAACAGCCAAAGGAAAAUCUUCAGAUGUCAUCCUCCUAAUUUCUCUUGUCAUGACUUUUAUAAUACUUUUAAUCGGUGCUAUGUAUUGUGCUUGGAGAAAUAUAAAAUAUGCAUUCUUCCCUAAAUGUAAACCUCCAAUGAACAUAGAGGGCAUUGGAGAAAGAGAUUUGAACAGAUUUUAUUUGCCAAUUGCAGAAGAGCAAACAGACAAAUGUAUGGUCAUAAAUUCCAAUGUUGCUCCUCCAAGUAAAGUUAAUCUGGAUGACUUCAAAUUUGACAAAGAGUUGGAACAGAUCAGUCAAGACUCAGGAAACUAUUUUAUUGAUGACGUUAUCAUGUCUGGAGAUAAUGAAUCCCAUCAGUCUUCAGAACUAAAAGCAGUAUAACAAGAUAAUGCAAGCAGGAAACAAGAUGAGGAAAGCAUCAUAAUGUGGAAAGCUUGCUUAUUAUAGAGAUAAUCUGUAUCACUACAGAGAACAAAGAUCUGUGCCUAAAAGUGGGCCACAAGCUGCCUCCACUGACACUGAUUUUGAGCUUUGUGGCCUGCUGCUGGAAGAACUACUUACCACAAGUGAAGGAGCAAAUUUGUUUUCUC